CCUCAUUUUAAAAUUUGACAGAUAACAUCAUAACGCGUGUUUAGUUGAAAGUCUUAAAAUAACAAUGGUAUAUUAUUUUACAAGCGAAGUUGUACAACCACCCGUAACAUUAUUUAUGGGAGUUGAUAAAUAUGAAAAUGAUGAUCUUAUAAAGUGGGGUUGGCCAGAAGAUGUUUGGUUUCAUAUUCAUACAUAUUCUUCCGCACAUGUAUACCUCCGUCUUCGUCCUGGCCAGACAAUCGAUGAUAUACCAAGCACAGUUUUAGAAGACGUUGCACAAUUAGUAAAAGCAAAUAGUGUAGAGGGCAACAAGUUAAAUAAUGUCGAUGUUGUAUAUACAAUGUGGUCUAAUUUAAAAAAAACUCAGGGCAUGGAAGUAGGACAAGUUGCUUUUCAUAUAUAUAAAGAUCUUCGUAAAAUUCAUGUUGCUAAACGAAUAAAUACUAUUAUCAAUCGAUUGAAUAAAACAAAACGUUUAGAGCAAGUGAAUUUUCAAGCAGAAAGGGAACAGCGAGAUAGAAAUGAAAGAGAAGAUAAGAAAAAACUUCAAAGAGAGCAAAAAGAAAGGGAGAAAGCAGAAGAGAAGCAAAAACAGGAAGAAGCAGAAAUCAGGAGCUACAAUUCUUUAUUCAAUGCGUCCAAUAUGAUAUCAAAUACUGAAAACAGUGGGUAUGAUUCAGAUGAUUUUAUGUGAUAAAGUUAUUUACAACAUUUAUAUUUUGUGCCUAAUUUACUAUAGUCUUGGAUAAUAGAAAUGUAUG